AUGCCUGUAAACCGAAGUUUUUCAAUCACCAUGAUGACUCUUCGGAUCGAGCAGGUUAGACUUGGCUCUGCUAGUUUCCGAAUAGUCACUUGGUCAGUACACAAAACUAUUUUACCAACUUUUAUUUGUACAAUUACAACUUCAUCUCCCCUUGCACCGAACGACUUGAACACAGUCGACUCGGACCGUGAUUCGUUUUCAACUCCGCCCCAAUCGUCUGGCUCGUCUUGGCUCUCGCCAUCCGAGCCAAAAGUUUUAUCUUCAGCCGGUCUCCUAAAUACUCGAUGCUACGGAGAUGAAAAUUUCCUGUACCGCCUCUAUUCCUGCCCGAAUCGAUCAUGGACCCGCCUGCACACUAAAAUGAUUGGCUUUCCAUCCACUUGCCUCUGGUCACUAGGACAUUAG